AUGGAUAUCACCGCCUUUGUCGUUAACCACAGAGAAGAUGCGCUUCUGGCUGGGGAUUACAACUCUUAUAGAGCCCAGUUGUCCCGCAGAUUGCACACUCUUAGGAAGAAGUUGGGACAGACAACCCCGCGGGGCAAAAAAUACACUCCAAAACCUAGGAUAACUGCAGAAGACAUCUCCAAGGAUGCCAACUAUGCUUUUCUUCUUCUCCUCAGCGCAGAUAGGGCUUGGGCUACCGCAAUGCAUAUGAAGUCGACCCAUUCCGCGGAUCCAUCCACCAAAGGUAUCACCGGCUCUGCAAGGCGACAUAUAAUCACUCGUUUGAAUAAAGCGACUAUCUAUGCAAAGCAACUCGUCUCGGUACUUCAAGAUCCGUCCAUAUAUUCCGCAUCGAAUAUUGACAUCCUCGAGGCACGGGGGUAUCUAGCCUCCCUCCUGGGUGCGCUGUGGAUGGAAAAGAAAAGGUGGGAUCUAUGUCUAGAGCAAUAUUCACUUGCGAAAGUAAUCUACGGCGCACUCAGUACCAAAGCGAAACGAGAAACAUUUCGCGACCUGUUAUCGACUACGAUCGAUCCAGGCCUACGAUAUGCGGCUUAUCAGCUAAAAUUUCCCCGGUCUGCCUCCCUGGAAUCUAUCGCGAUUAAGAGCAUGCCCUCAGACUCCAGAGUUCGGGAUGAGGUGACGUCAAUUGACCCAAAUUGCCUGACAGAACUCGGUGCAGACAGCAAACGGACCACUACUGGUUCUGUUCAAGAUAUACCACAAACCAUCACCUGGAGGUCUCGAACGGUCAACCUGGAAGAUGCAGUCAUAUCGCAAGCGUUGGCCGCUGCGUCCGCCGCAGAAUCUCAACUGUCAUCCUGGUUGUCUAGCCCCGCGGGCCAAUCUGCGUCACUAAGCGUGAAGGCAGCCCAUUACGAUAAUGUGAUAAUUGCCAGUCAAGACGCGGUGGAUGCGACGAAGACCGCUAUCGAUGAACUAUCCGCUGAGGGGAUCGAUCAGGGAGACAAGCGCAUGCAGGCGCUGCAAGUCACUCGGACGGCAGUGAAUUAUGCCCUCGUCGGCUGGCGGGUGGGUCGAAAUCGGAUCCUGUGUGGCAUGGACGAUGGCCUCAACUUUGAAUUGGAGCAAGGUAAAAGCUCAGGGGGGAAUAGGCAUUCGGCAAAGGCGUGUGGGAAAGGUGUUGGGAGGCAACUGGCACGGUUACGCGAACGAACGACCUUGUACGAUGCGAUUUUGCAGAGUAUGGAUUUCAUUCAGGAGUUACCUGGUGUAGCGGGUGAUGCUAGCUUUAUGGAGGAGCUUAGUGAGAAGCGCAGCUAUUUCCAUGCGCUCAGAUGUCUAACAGUGGGCCGAUCCCACGCCCUCCUCUCCAACUCCAAAAACGCCCUGGCCCUCUUUUCCCGCGCUUUAGAUCUCGCAUCCACCUCCCGCCCCACAACCCCAGACUCUUCCUCCCCUCAACAACACCAACAAAAGUUCACUCCUCCCCGCCUCGACAUCUCCCCCCCCCAAGUCAACUCCCUCCUCACCCACCUCCGCUCCCUAGUCUGGCAAUACCGCGGCAUCGUCGAAAUCGAAUUCCUGACUUUAGAACCCAACAAGACCAACGAAGAAACCAACAACUCCUUCAAGCCACCCCUUAUCGAACGACUGGAUGAAUAUCCGUCCGCUGGCACCGUAGAUCUAUCCCAGUUGGUCACUUACCCGCCCAAGAUGCAGCCGAUACCGGUUAAACCGUUAUUUCUGGAUCUUGCGUGGAACUAUAUUGACUACCCACGGGCGACUGGACGGGGUGGCGAUGGGACCGCUGUGGAAGCUGUAGUUGCGGGGCAGGUGCCAGUUCAGGCGGCGAAGGGAGAGGGGAGGAAAGGGUGGUUUGGGUUUGGGUGGUAA